AUGCUGUUGUUGACCCUGCUUCCAUUAGUAGCUGUGGCUUUUGCAGCGCCCCAGGGCUACAAUCUGGGUGCACCUUCUGGAGGUGGACUCGCACUUGGUGGAUCUGUAAAUGGUGGUGCAGGUGGAAUUGGAGAUGAUGGACCAGGUGGAAUAGGUGGUAAUGGCCCUGUAGGUGGCUGUCAGGAUGGCCAAAUUCUACACGUUGACGGAUCUUGUGUAACUCCUAUUAUCACUAGAAAAGUUUACUUAUAUGAUGCUCCUGAAGUGCCUGAAGGCCCAGGCGGUCCACCACCGAGCGUGCCACCACCUAAGGUAGAACAUAACAUCCUGUUCGUACGUGUUCCUGAGGCUGCUCCACCACCUGAACCCAUCAUUGUUCCUCCAGCAAGGCAAGAAAACGUGGUCUAUGUUUUGAAUAAGCAGGAUGAACAAAGUCAACAGGUGAUCGAGGUUACACCUCAUCCAGCUUCCGACCCAGAAAUUUAUUUCGUGAACUACCAAGAAGGAGAAAACCCAACCCUUCCUCUUGGAGUAGAUCUUGAGACUGCUCUUAGCGUUGCCAGUGCAGCUGGCGGUGACGUCAUUGGGGCUGGAGGAUUAGGCGACGGUGCUGGUGCCGGAGGUAUUGGAGGCGGCUUUGGAGAGAAUGGAUUCGGAGGAGCCGGUGCUGGAGGAAAUGCAGGAUUUGGAGGAGCCGGUGCUGGAGGAAAUGGCGGAUUUGGAGGAGCUGGAGUAGGAGACAAUGGAGGAUUCGGAGGUGGUUUAGGAGGAGUGAAUGGAGGAAAUGGCGGCUUAGGAGGCAAUGGCGGCAGUCCAUCAAACUUGUAUACGAGCCCUUAAAAUACUAAGGUUUCUUUGAAUUGUUGUAAAAUACCUUCAGUUUCUGAGGUUUGUUGAUUCUACUAUGUGUAUAACAUAAAACAAAUAAAUGAAAGUAAUAUA